AUGUCGACAGCAGUGACGAUUACAGCUCCGAGCGUCAAGCAUAUCCUUCUGGAUUCGCUUGUUGUCAUGAAAAUCGUGAAACACGUUGACAGCGAGCUUCAUGCUGGAAUCAGCGAGGUAAUUUCUUUCUUCUAUCGGUGCCUUUACUCUUUGUCAGGUUUCUGGAGACGCUUGCGCCGGAGUUCUCACUGGCCUCGUUUUCCUGGACGACUCCCGACUGGAAAUCACCAACUGCUUCCCAACCGUUCGCAAUGAGCCGGUUAUCGAUGACGAUGCAACGGUAAGUGCAAAAACACUGAUUACUUCACUAAGAACAGUCCAAAAAACAGGCUGCUCAACAGUACGAGGAACAGAAGCAGCAGGAGAUGCUUGAUAUGCUCCGGAAGUUCCGUACUAUGAACAUUGACUACGAAAUCGUUGGAUUCUACCAGUCUCAUCAAUUUGGAGCUGGAUUUUCACAUGUAAUUUUGUUAUCUUAGAGACUGACGAUGAAAGAUGUGCUACUUGUUUAGGAUCUCGUUGAGUCCAUGUUCGAUUAUCAGGCUAUGGGCCCGGAGAACGUUGUGCUCAUUUAUGGUAAACAGACACUUCGCUUAUUUCGUCUCAAAACCUUGAUUUCUCAGAUCCAAUCAAGACUCGCCAAGGACAACUAUCCCUUCGCGCUUGGCGCCUCUCGAUCGCUGCCUUAGACCUUGCUUCAAGAAACGACUGGAACCCAGAAGUGUAAAAAAAAUUAUUCACUUCGUGAAGUAUUGACUUCUUUUCAGCGUGAAAGCCGCCGGAUUGAACUACCAGAACAUGUUCGAGGAGCUGCCGAUCAUCAUCAAGUCCUCUUAUUUGAACAAUGUACUCAUGUCCGAGCUGGCACUGACCAAAUCGUAUUCGUCCGACAAGUACUCGACAAGACACUUCGAUCUCGGAUCGAAGAAGUCGCUCGAGAAGUCUGUGCGUGCCAUGAUGGCCAAUGUGGACGAGUUGAACAAGUCGAUCCAGUCAUUGACCAAGUACACGAUGGACAAGCAGAGACACGACAACAUGGUUUUCAGCUUGACUCAGAAGAGGGUUAGUAUCUGUUUUAUUUAGCCUUUCUCACGUUUUCCUCUUUUCAGCAGCAAGAGAACGAAUCACGUCAAGCUCGUGGAGAUCCCCUCCUUCUAAUGGACGACAUCAAGAGAAUGAAGGCUCCUCAACUGCAGACCAGAAACGGACUACUCGACGAACUUCUCGCCAGUUUCGACACGAACGCAUUGGCCGACUUCUCGAAGACGGUCACGAGCGAGAACAUCACGAAGCUGUUCAUCGCCGAGUCGGUCGCUGAGGAAAAGGUCGUCGGAACCAAGGACAGAACCUUGAGCUCUGUCUCUUCCACUCGUUAA